AUGGCUCGUCUGCUUGUUUUGCUCAACUCCUUGGUCCUGUUGCUUUUUGGCAGCGGCAUGUUCUUGGUAGGAGCAAACCGACCGCCAGCUCCCGUCAAUGUGUCUGUCAUGAACCUGCGAGCUGACUCAGCAACUGUAACCUGGGAGGUUCCAGAGGGAGAUAUAAUAAUUGGCUUCUCCAUCUCACAACAAAGGCAGGAUGGACACAUGCAGCGAUUCAUCCGGGAGGUCAACACCACAAGUCGAUCUUGUGUUCUUUGGGACCUGGAGGAGGAGACAGACUACAUCAUCCAGGUCCAGUCGAUUGGCCUAUAUGGAGAAAGCCAAGCCAGUAAGAAGAUCCAUUUUCGCACGCUCAAGAAGACAGACCGCUUCCCUUCCAACAGUUCUAAUCAAGAUGACCCCGCUGUACAGGGCCUGGACAAGUCCCGGCAUCUACAAACAGGAGAGAUGAUCAUAAUUGUAGUGGUCUUGAUCAUGUGGGCAGCUGUUAUUGCCCUGUUCUGCCGGCAGUAUGACAUCAUCAAGGACAAUGACUCCAGCAACAAUAAGGAGAAGGCCAAGCCGUCGUCAGAGAGGAGCACACCAGAGCAUCACAGUGGAGGACUGCUCAGGAGCAAGUUUCAUCCUUCUGUGCCAUCUAUCAACAUAAUUGAAGUCUGA